CGGGCUCCGGAUGACGUUAGCGAGCGGCGCCAUGUUGUGCGUGGCUCACUCGGCGCCGGGCCUGCUGACUGGUGAGGGGGAAACUUUAUGCUGCGGGACUCUUGUUCCUGGAGCCUGGCGCGGGGGAACGCUUUCUGUUGCACCUCUAAGAUGGAGCCCGAAAGCCUUCUCGAAGCUCUGGCAGAUUUCGAGAAGAAGUCCAAGAAGGAAGUGUCGUCGCUGCUGGACCAGUUCCUUUGUCAUGUCGCAAAGACUGGAGAAACCCUGAUUCCUUGGUCGCAGUUUAAAUGCUACUUUGUAUUCAAAUUGGAAAAAGUCAUGGAUGACUUCAGAGCUUCAGCUCCUGAACCUCGAGCUCCACCUAAUCCGAAUGUGGAAUAUGUCCCGUAUGAAGAAAUGAAGGACCGAAUUCUUAAAAUUGUUAAUGGUUUCACAGGUAUUCCCUUCACAAUCCAGCGUCUAUGUGAGCUGCUUACUGAUCCUAAGAAGAAUUACACUGGGACAGACAAAUUUCUCAGAGGAAUUGAGAAGAAUGUUAUGGUUGUCAGCUGUGUGUAUCCCUCCACAGAGAAGUACAACUUUGGCUCAAAUAGUUUGAAUCGAGUGAAUGGCAUCAUGCUGUCAGGAAGCCAUACUGGUUAUACAGACAGAUCUAAUAUCAAUGGUCCUGGUACUCCAAGACCUCUGAGUCGAUCAAAGGUUUCGUUAUCGAGUCCUUUAACAACAAACGGUUUGCUGAACAGUUCUGAUAGAGAAAUAAAUGUACAACAAACAGAGGACAAAUCUCAUAGUGAUUCACCCACAUCCCAUGGAGAGGACACUCAGAGUAGCUGUUCAAAAAAUAAACAUUUGGAGGAUACAAUGGAAGCUGAGGCUCCUGAGGUGAAACGACUGAAAUUUGACAAGGAAGAUGAGGAAGAUGAGCUGUACAUUCUGAGAGUUCUUCAGAAAUGCCUGAAGAAAGUGAGAAUGCAGGGAAGCAGGAAGAAGCCAAAGAUGCAAGUGAAUGGACUGAUCCAGCUAACCAUUAGAGAAGUGGCUUCUGAUAAUAUUUUGUGGCUUCUGAUAAUUUGUAUAUCAACAGAAUCAUCAAGUGUGAAAAUGAAAGCCUUGUUUGAAUCUGAUCAAGAGAAAGCUGACGUUUCAUUUAAAAAUAUCAAGACUUCUGAUGAAAAUCAAAUGGACCAAUCAGACCUAACCAAGACAUUAACUUCCGAAGCAAGUGAAAUCAGUGGAAAUACUGACACUGUUAGUAACAGUGUGGACUGCAGUGCUGCAGGAAAACCAGAUACACCCCCUGAAACUCCAGAAAUUGCCUCUGAGAGCCCAAUGGAGAACAGUGCAGAUGCGACAGAAGAACCAAUGGAACAGGACUAAGAAUAGAGAUGAUCUGUGCUGUAUUUCCAUGAGGUGUUGAUUUUACACUGUAUAAAUUUUAUGUAAUAAGUGGACCUUUGUUUUCCAGACAAGGAGGGAUAGACCUUCUCUGAUCCCUGGAGGAGCUGUGCUAGAUGAGAACUGUGAAACCAGCUCCUUUAGAUCUCAUCUACUGCUCCCAUCUUUUUUUUUCGUUUGGUCAAAUCAGUGGGAUUAUGCAUAGAUUUUUAUUUAGAGAAAGUUUUUAAACUGGAACGUAGAAGUAUAAAUUGUCAAAUUGUUUUGCAGUUCAUUGGACUGGGCCAUUUACCAUAAUUUUUUGUCUAGUUUUUAAAACAUUCAAAAUAUAAUUACAUGGUCAUUGUUUCAACUUUUAAUACAUAUUCUCAAAACACUGCUGAAACCACAAGUUACAACACAUUCCAGGAAAAACUCAAAAUUAUACAUCACUUAUUUACUUCUGAUCCUGCAUUGAUGGGAUUCAUUAAUCAAAAGGGAGUAUGUGGUUCACAUAAUGUGGAACAUCAAAGCUUCAGACUUGUUUCAAGAUCAGUUUGUUUUGGUUGCAGAGUAGAUGCUUUUUUAUUCACUGUUCAAGCAGCAGAAGGUGGGAAGUAGUUGCUCAAUUUAUGCUCAGUGGUUAGAACAUUGUGAAUAAUUUGACUACGUUACUUUCAGUUAAAAUACUUGUAGCAUGCGGACAGCAAUGUUACACUUAUACCACUGACUGCAUUGAAGAGCUACAGCAAUUAACCUGUUAAUUUGGUAUUGUGCCAGAUCUUGUGUACUGGUAAUACAAUUUUAGGGGGUGCAUUGAACCACCAUGAUUUGUACAAAAUUUUGAAGUGAAAGAUAUUUUUGAACAUGCUACUACAUAUUGACAGCCAGUGGUUGUACAUCUUUGGAGAUGAGAACUCAAAGCACAAAUGAUAAUCUGUACUUGUGAUGUUUUCUGAUUUCCAGCUUGUAUAUUCAAAAUCCUUCAACCAACUUUCACAAUUACUGGCUGUCAAGUUUGUACUUGUUUCUGGCAACUGUACUUUUUGAUAUUUAGAAUUUUUAAAUUUCUGUAAGUAGAUUUUGUAGAUUGUAAUUGUUCACUGCCUUUGUGACACGUUAUAUAAUUGUAUAAUUUGUGUGUAAACUGAAUGCUAUGGCUUUCAAUACAGUAUUCAUAUAAAGCAAUAAAUGUUAUAUCUGGACACAAUCUGGAGAUACACUCCAGUUCCCGUUGAUAAAAUUUGCACAGGUUUACCAGAGACCAUAAUGACUGCACGUAACUGGCAAUCUACAAGAUUGGCAGUUUUGUCUUUCCUGUGAAUGUAGUAUUUUGCACUUGUUAAAGUGAAUAUUCUAAAGAUAUAGUUUUGUGGGAUCUUAAAUUAAUUUUCUUAUGAGAGAAUUAACAGUCUUCAUCCUAAGCGGUAUGUAAAAUUUUACAGGAUGCAUAAGCGCUGUAACAUUGUUUCUCUUCAGUGCUGUGGUUGCAAAGAAUAUGCAUCUUAAGUUGCUAAUUAAACAAUAGUUUUCACAAGUUUUUUACCAAUCUGAUCAGCAAAAAUGUUUUUGAAUUUUAAUCUUGAUUUCAGUAUCACUGGGAGAAUUUUAACAGUACAGAGUAGUUCUGAUUACAAAAGUCAGGUUCAUUUUUGUGCAUAUCUGUGCUUGGGGUGAAGUAGCAGGGUUUUUUAAAAGAAAAUACACCAUCCUAACUAACUUGUCUUAGUAACAGUUGAGCUGACCUACUUUUCAAUCAGUUGAAUAAACAAAAAUGGGGUUGAUGAGUUUGUUACAUUUGCAAGCUAAGAACACAAAAGGAGUUGUAAAGUUAGAAAUGAAGUUUGAAUUUAGCCUCUUCCUCUGGCCCACUUAAUUUCAUCUUGACAUUGUAGAAACAUGUUCAGCACCUAGAAACAGUAAUAUUGGCUAGUAAUAUUUGAGAAGAUUCUAGAAUAUGCUAAUUAGUUAAACUAUAUCAUGCUAAUGCAAUUAUAAUUUUUAUUUCAUGUGGUAAUGCAGCCAACCAUGCCUGUGCUGUCCACAGAAAUCUAUUGCUACCUCUUUAUCCAGUUAAACAGUUUUUCUUUCCAAGUUCCAGUCAAUUACCCCUUUUAAAACUCUUAGAUUUUGCUUCCAGCAGUCCAUCUGAUCCAGUUUAAACAGCUCAAGUGUGCAUAGCAUUUAUUCUUUGCCUUAUCCUCAAACUUGACAUCCACUGUUGCUGAACAGGCAAAACUCUGGUUAGUCAACUUUUGUAUUUUAAUCCUCCAUGUUUUUAUACAAUUACAAGGGGUGGGCUUCAUUAACAUUUAUUUAUUGCCAUUGAGCUGUUGCCCUGAACCACAUCAGUCUUAUCACAGUGCUGUUCGGGUGUUCCAGGUUUUCACCCAGCAAAAAUGAAGGAGAGACAAUAGAUCCAAGCCAGAGAGAUGUACGACUUGGAGGGCAAAUUGGAGGAGGUGUUUCCCUCUGUUUGCUGUCCUUGUCCUUCAAGGUGGCAGAUUUGGGAAGUGUCAUAUAAGCCUGUCAAAGUUGCUGCAGUGCAUCUUAUGGCUGGAAUAUCAUGGUGCACUGAUGUAGGGAGUGAAUGUUCACUGCAAUGGAUGGAGUACUGGUAUUGUAAGAAUAAAUUUUUCACGACUUGCCUCAAA